AUGAUAAAUAAAUCUAUAUUUAAUCAAAUAACAGAACAAACAACAAAAGUCAAAUAUUGUGAUAAAGCACAACUAUCUUUAACAUCAACUACAAUUCUUACUGCAAUCAAUCAAAAAACAAUUGAAACAGUAAUACAAAAGCACUUAAAAAACAUGUUACUACUUUCUAAAAAACAGCAAAAUUAUAUUGCUUAUCAGCUUGUUGCUUGA